AUGAGCGACCAACCCCAAGGAUCUCGCAUAGAUGCGGAUACCACUCUUUUUACAAGCUUCGGCAUGGUCGUGCUUGACGAGAUCCUGAUUCCAAAUCGCAAGCCGUUGAUAAAUAUACUUGGAGGAUCGGGGUCAUAUGGUCUUGGCUUGGCUCUUGUAGCAACCGCAGGAGCGCGACUUUUUCUAGCCCCACCCUUGAGUCGCACUGUGGCCUGGCCAAUUCAUAUUGGACAUGACUUUCCCGACCCCAUUGCCGAUCUACUUCAAAGCUGGGAUAUCGCGUUGAUUGUUAAGAAAGAGGUAGAUAAGCUUUCUACUAGAGGCUUGCUGGAGUAUAAAGAUACUACUUUUGGACCCAAAGAUUUCAAAUACACGACGCCCUUUCUAGCUGUUGCCGAGAGUGAUGUGGAAGAUACCCAAGUUCCGACCUCAAAGGCAUAUCAUUACCUUGCAACAGCCCAGGAUAUCAAGGGACGUGUCUCGACUCUUCUGGCCAUGCGACGUGGAGCUGGUAUAUUGAACAGGCCCCUCGUAAUCUGGGAGCCGUCUCCUUUAGCAUGCAACCCGGGGAAUCUGAACGAAUGGCUCGAAGCAGCAGAAUAUGUUGACGUUCUCAGUCCCAAUCAUCUCGAGCUGAUGAAAUUGUUUUCGCAGGGAUCGGGGGCUGCUUUUUCUAGGAGCAAGAUCGAGGAGCUGGUAUCGACAUUGCUGGACAGCGGAGUUGGCCCAGAUGGAGCCGGUGUGGUUGUUGUGCGAGCUGGUGAGCAUGGUUGUCUGAUGCAAUCGCGAGAUCUUUCACCCCAGUGGCUCCCCCCGUUCUAUGGGUCUAGUGGUAUUGCGCAAGAAGCCUCACCGGUGAUUGAUCCGACUGGAGCUGGAAAUGCGUUUCUGGGAGGUUAUGCUGUCGGGUAUAUACAAACAGGAGAUGCCAUACAGGCUGCGUGCUACGGAAAUAUUUCUGCGUCGUUUAUGCUGGAGCAGAUAGGUAUGCCGGAGAAGUCAGAGAAAGGUGGCAUUGAAGCUUGGAAUGGGGUAAGCGUGCAGACCAGGCUACGAGAGUACAUGUCCCGAGAGGACGUUAAAAGAAUACUAUACUACUACGCAUAG